AUGGCGAGUGGUGAAAUAGUCAAAGGAGACCUUGAUGCCGAUGGCAGGGUGGUCCUCUACAUCAUCAAAGCUGAUGCCACAUCGUAUAUCAACUACAUCAAACCGAUUAUUCUAGCCGAAGAGCUAAGAACUCCCUAUGUCCUUUCCAUCAUCGAUACCAAGGACGAAUGGUUCUACAAAAUCCAUCCGGAGCGCUACGUCCCAUCUCUUAAGGACCGCGAUCCGGAAACUGGACAAGAUGUUAUUGUUUUUGAAGGCACUGCCUGUCUCCAGUAUCUCGCGGACCGAUCGGAUAAUAAUGGAGAGUGGACAGGAAGAACAGCGGCCGAGAAGGGAGCUGUGCUUUCAUGGACGGCCUAUCAGACCGCUGGGCUGGGGGCUACGGCAAAGUAUUGGCUCUACUUUUUGAAAGGGUACCCGAAUAGACAAGAGCCAGUUCAGCUUCCAAGGACAAUCGAGAAACUGCACCAGAACACAACGAAGCAAUGGGAUAUUCUUAACAAACGCCUUUCGGAACCCGGGCAGAGAUAUAUCGCUUUAAAGGACCGUCCCACAUUGGCAGACUUGUCUUAUCUUCCAUUUGCCAUGCCUUGGAUGUUUAAUCUGUUUGGUGUAGAUAUAAAGGAUUGGCCGGCCGUUGAUGAGUGGGCCCAAAGGAUGCUGGACCGGCCCGCUGUGAAGGACGUUCUGGAGAGAGCGCCACGAUUCGGCCAUGACUAG